ACGGGGCCGAGGGCUUGGAGGGAAGUUUAACCACAGGGCAAGCUCUGACAAUAACAAAAGAUCAUGGGAUUAAUAAUAAACAUUGAAUAGCUCGUUCAGUGGACGCAUGCUAUCGUUGUCCUUCAAUUAUCCACGAGAAACUCGUCCGUUAACGUUUAUCCGUAUUAAUCGGCAUCAUGUUAGCUUUCUUCCCAGUCUAUGGGUAAAGAUAAUGUUGCGAUCUGAGACUACGUAGAGUGCGUGUGACGAUAACAAUGGACCAAAAUAAGAAGAGACUGGGGAGCCAACUGUGUAAAGCCGUGAAGGAUGAGGACCCAAGGUCUGUGCAGGUGCUGCUCUCGCAGGGCGCCAGGGCCGACGUGGUGGGCGCCAGGGGCGUGGCGGCGGUGCACCUGGCCGUGGGGAAGGAGACGGAGAAGAGCAUCCGUUGCCUGAAGCUGCUGCUCCAGCACGGAGUGGACCCCAACGCCAGGUCUUCCGAGGGUCUUACACCCCUCCAUGUGGCUGCGCUGUGGGGGUGUUACCAAAACGUCAAGCUGCUGUUGGCCAAUGGAGGGAACCCCAAUGUUACCGACCAGGAUGGGAACACUCCGGGGCAGUUUGCAGAGCAACAGGACAACCGCAAGUGUGCCCAACUCCUCCAGAGCCACCAGACACAGUCCGCAGACGGCGAAGAGGACCUGACCUGUUUCCAAUACUCUCUAUACUCAGACCAGACGGACGUGUCGAGCUACCCCGACUCAGAGACCAGCCUCAGCUCGCGCUCCUCCAUGAUCAGCGACUUUGGCGACGACCCGCUGAGCAGCACCAGACACUCUGCCCUGUUCGACCACCGGGCACCGAGCCAACCCACCCCCUGGUGGAGACGGGGGCCCUCGAACGGCCAGGGCGACGCCAACCCCACCGGGGCCGGGGGUCCGGGCCGAGACUGGAACCCAAACAAAGAGUGGGCGUGCGGCGACGGACCCUCGUUUCUGUCCAGCACCCGCGUGUCCACGGUGGGCUGCGCCUCCGACAGGCCGGCUCCCGAAGAGGACGUGUCGUUGGGGGACGUCACGUGGGCGCCAAACCCCUUGGAGGGCCCGUCGCUCCUGUCGAGCACGCGCAUGUCUACGGCGGGGCCCGUUCCGCCCUAUCAUAAUGUUGAGGCUCCGUUCCAAAGCGGGAGCUCACACCCUCUAGGGCUUGAGGGCCGACUUUCGGCCAUAAACGGAGACGCUCCGGCGGUCGCCGUCGCCGGCCCCUCCAGGCGAGCGGGCCGCAAGAGCGUCAGCUUCCGCGAGGCGGCCGAGUAUUUCCCCGUUUCCAGGCCGGUCUCCUCUGAGCCUGCGUUCGACACGGCGCCCUUUGACUCCUCCCAGGACGCCGACUUUCUGAGCUCUGAGCGCCUGGUGACCGUCUUGCAACGGCAGGGCAUCGACGUGACCUCGCCCGACCACGUGCACGUGUUUGACUGGGACUGCGGCGAAGACACAGAGGGGGACAUGGAGAAAACGGUGAUGAGUAACUUCCGUAUGGCCGGGGGCGAGGAGACAGACGACGAGGAGGAGGAGGAGGAGGAGAGGGAGGAGGUGGAGGUCGGACGUCAGACCCAGGCGGCGGAACAGCCCCCCGGUGGUGUCCCUGGCGGCGGCGGUGGCGGCGGCGGCGGCGGCGGCGGCGGCGGCGGCGGCAGCAGCAGUGGGAGUCACUACAGCAGCUGUGACAGCGACCAUUACACGACUGCCCACUACACCACGGCCCACGGAGGCCUCGUACCGUCCAGCCGCUCCGCCUCCUCCUCCUCCGAGGAAGCGAGGGAGGGAGCGCCGACACCGGAAGACCAACCUGAACAGGAGGCGGAGUCAAAGCUGGACAGAGCAGAGGAAGUACCAGCCCGGGCGGGCAAACCCAGCCGGUCCGACCAACCGCCUGCCACCGACUCUGAACCCGAACCCCCUCGGGACGUUUCAGAAAAGGCGGUCAAUAGCGCGAAUGAGGACGCCGACGGUGUCGGCGAUGAAGCCACCGCCCGAGCCCGCCGCAGUCCCGUCGCCCAAGCGGCCGGGGGCCCCCCCGAAGACCCCGACACCCCCUUCACCCCGAGCCCGUUCGUGACGGGCCGGACCCGGUCCAGGCUGAGCCGCUGCUCGGUGAGGUGCAGCGGCGGCGGCGGCGGCGGCCGGACCCUGGAGAGCCUCCUCUCCGACGCGUCCCUCUUCGAGGCGACGCUGCCCACGCCGGUCAGAACCGGCCGCAAGACGCCCCGGUCUCAGAGCAGCGACGACGUGUUCUACCACAGCCCGCGCCCGCGCGGCUACGCCCAACCGAGGGGCGACGGCAGCAGGGAUCUCCCAGGGAGCUCCUUGACCUCCGACCUCCAGUCGUCGCGGUCCAGCUCGGGGCUGAGCGACAGCCAGGCGGACACCUUUAUCCUCCCGCGGGGCGGGGCUGAGCCGUCGCAGAGUCUGCCCGACACCCUCAUUCUGGAGAGGCAGCCGGACUCGCAGAGCCUUCACUGUGAGGAUUACCUCAAGUCCUACGCGCCCAAGGUGGUGUGUCACGAGAUCAGAGAAGAGGAGGAGGAGGAGUUUCUGACCGACGACCGGACGAGCUCCGACGCGGUGAAUCCGCGGCAGGAAGUCCCGGGGAGCAGAGGGAAUCCCUGGAUCACGGAGGGCAGCGACACCGACGUCGACCCCAGCUGCAGCACCACCUCCUCCUCCUCUCCGACGGGCUCGUCGUCCGCCAGCUCGUGCUACUUCUCCCCGAGGAGGCCCCGGGAGGGCUCCUCCGACACCCCCGUCACCCCGGGCGCCACGGGCUGCACCCCCAGGUUCAGCAUGAGCCGGCUGUCGCUGGGCCUCCGCCGGUCCCAGGGCCACCUGGCCCCCGACCGCCACCCCCGGGCCUACACCCCCGGGGGGCGGCCCGCCGCCCCGCCCCCGGAGGAGCCCGUGGAGUACCUCUACACGGACACGGAGCAGGGCCACGAGCUGAUCGAGACGCACAUCCCCCCCAGGGCCAACGCCUCCCUGUGCAGCAGCAGCCUGAGCGGCGGCAGCGGCGGCGGGGAGCCCGGGGCGGAGGAGACGGUGCUGUACGACUGGAGGUCCCUGAGGGCCGAUGUGAUGGGGGCCAAGGGGGGCAAGGAGAACCAGGCGCCGCUGAGGAGGGGGGGUGAGGAGGAGGCGGCGCAGCUGCAGAAGAAGAAGAAGAAGGAGGAGGAGGAGGAGGAGGCGAAGGAGGAGGAGGAGAGGACGAAGAGAGAGGAAGAGGUGAAGGGUGGCCGAGCGUUGCCGGACACCCUGGGGAUAACGGACAAGGAGCUGAGGCGCCGGCUGGUGGCGCUGGGGGAGAGCCCGGGGCCCAUCAGCACUCGGACCCGGCCCGUGUACAUGAAGAGGCUCCGUCGUCUCGUCCUGGAGUCGAACUCGCAGGCGAGGCCUCAGCAGCAGCUCAAGCAGCCGGACCACACGCACACAGACUCAGGCUACAGUGUGGAGCUGAGCAGGGCCCUGAGGACCUUUGACCUCCCCGACUGCCACGCGGCCGAGAUGGAGCUCUGCCAGCAGUUCGACCAGCCCGACCAGAACAAGAAGUGGAGGGAGGGGGUCAUCAAGUCCAGCUUCAACUACCUGCUUCUGGACCCCCGGGUGACGAAGAACCUGCCGUUCCGCAGCCGCGGCAUGUCGCCCCAGGAGUGCUUCCACACCUUCGUGCACGCUGUGUUCUACGUGGGGAAGGGCAAGCGCUCGCGGCCCUACAGCCACCUGUACGAGGCCCUGGAGUACUUCAAGGGGGACAAGACCUCGAAGAAACUGUGCUCCAAGGUGCAGCACAUCCUGCAGGUGUGGCGCGAGGACCAGGGUGUCGUCUCCCUGCACUGCUUCCAGAACGUCAUCCCCGUGGAGGCCUUCACCCGCGAGGCCUGCAUGGUGGACGCAAUCGGGCUGAAGAUGCUGACCAACCAGAAGCGAGGGGACUACUACGGCGUGGUCUCCACUUGGCAGGCCAGGAAGAGGCGGGAGCUCGGUGUGCACCUGCUCUACCGGGCCAUGCAGAUCUUCCUGGCGGAGGGAGAGCGGCAGCUGCGGCCCGCAGACAUCAGACAGUAGCGCCCCCUACUGGAUGGAGGGUGAAUUACGAACACUUUCUGAUUCAGGUUAAAGGAGACUCGUAUACCACCCGUGAGUGGGAUCGGCCUUACAAGCCGUUUCGGAAAUCGGCCCCAUAUGACAUCACUAGUGGGCGUGUCCGCCUAGAUCUGUGCUGGAU